AUGCCAAACGCUUUGGAACCACUAAGCACUCCACGCGCUGAAGUAAGCGUUGUCGAAUCGGUUGGGGGAGGAGUCGAGUGGGGCCAGGUUUCCAUCGCCUCCCGAGGCCGGGCAGCUGCCCCUCCUCGUGGUGGCGAAGUUGGCGUCGAUGUUGGUCUCGUUGUAGAUCCGGUGCGGAACCCGUCGCACCUAGCUUGCCCGAUGGUGUGGCCACCGGAGAGCACGGUCAUGUCGGCGGCGGUGAAGGCAGAGUUAGGGCUGGGAGCGAUAAAGAAUGAUAAUAUGGCAAAGGAGUUGUUUUGGAACUCACGCGCGAUCGGACAGAUAGAUGACUUCUGGUAUUUCAUGAAGGCAAUGGAUGCCACCGCCGCAUUCCAGUCAGGAUUCCAGCCGAGGAGCGACGACCUUCUCUUGACAUCCUUCACAAAAACCGGAACCACCUGGCUCAAGGCUCUCUGCUACAACAUCCUCGACAAAGAAGUAGGAGAAGACCUUCUGGCAGAGAAGAACCCACACGAAGUUGUUCCCACCCUCGGAAACACUUUCCUCAAAGACCAAUUCCAACGCAUGUUGCUCGGUUGUUCGUCUCCUUGA